UCGAUAAAAUGGCAACAAACAAGAAGACAGCUGAGGCCGAAGAACACGUCCGACAGGCAGAAAAAUGCAUAAAAACUUCCUGGACAAAAUGGAAGGCUGAUUUUGACGGUGCUGCUCAUGAGUAUGAAAAAGCAGGCCUCUGCUACCGACAUGCCAAGACAUAUGAGAAAGCUAAGGAGAUGUAUAUGAAGGCAGCAGAUUGCCAUCGACAAUGCAAGGCAUUGUUCCAUGCAGGCAAAGCAUAUGAGCAGGCAGCCGUCGCAUUAAAGGAUAUGAAGGAGUAUGAGGAGGCAGUGCAUCUGAUCAAACGAGCCGCCAUGCUGUACAGAGAGCACGGUACUGGGGAUACAGCCGCAAUCUCACUAGAAAAAGCAGCAAAAAUGAUCGAGACGAUAAAUGCCUCUGAAGCCUGCAACCUGUACAUCUCAGCCAGUGAAAUAGCAGAGAAUGAGGAAAGGUUAAGACAAGCUGUGGAGUUGUUGAGUAAAGCAGCUAGACUCUCAGUCAAGGCAAGAGACUUUGACAAGGCUCUCCAACUACUUGAAAAAACAAGAAAUCUGUACGACAUUGUGGAGAACUUAGGAGCUGUUUAUAAGUUAAUAGCUGUGACUGUACUUAUCCAUCUACACCGUAAUGACUUCGUUGCUGCUAGCAAAGUCUGCCAGGUAGCCAUGAGCGUUGAUGGGUACGCCAUGGAUGAAUGUUCAGUGCUUCUAGAGGAGCUUCUGGAAGGCUUUGACCAACAGGAUCAAGAAGCCAUCAACAAGGUCCUCUUGAUGCCCUACUUCACCUAUCUGGAUAAUGAUUAUGUGAAGCUUGCUAGGUCACUUCGUGUACCGGGUGGUGGAGGAAGUCGGCCCAAGAAGACUGCCGGGGGUGCAUCAGGAGGACAAGAUGGGGAGGAGGAUGAGGAGGAGGAUGAGUACGCUGGUGGACUCCUUUAAGACACGUCGAGACAUGUCGAGACAAUCAAGCAAGAGGUGUCACUUUUAACCCCAAAUUCAAGCCCU